AUGAGGGUCACGUGUAUCGUGUUUGUGCUCCUCUUUCAAACAUUACAGUGCUUGGCGUCAGAUGAUUCACCAUUUCAACUAAUUAACGAGGCCACUGGUUUUUGUUUGUACCACUGCUCUGACAUACGCUGGACAACUGGUGAUCGACUUCUGGUUCCAUGGAGGAAUAAGUGUCUUGGAGCUCAGGGGAACAGUGUGGGAAGUGAUAUAACUCUGUACGACUGUGAUGAAACCAGUGAACUCCAAAAGUGGGAAUGCAAGAAUGAAACAGUGCUCGCUCUCAAAGGCCAGAAGCUUUACAUUGAGCUCACUGGAUAUAAUUCAGCUGUUCUCUCCAAAACAAUUGGACCCAAUAACCACCUCACAAUUUCAGGGAUGUCCAGUGGUGCUUGUUCAAGAACAUACAGAGAACGUUUCACCUUAGAGGGAAAUGCGUUUGGAAAGCCCUGCAUGUUUCCCUUUCUGUACAAAGACCAGUGGUACUCUGACUGUACCACAUUUGACUCCUCAGACAAACGUCUUUGGUGUGCAGUUGAAACUAAAUAUGAGCAUGAACUCUGGGGCUACUGUCCGACUAACUCUAAAGAGAACUGGAAAAAAGACAUUACCACAGGAGCGAAUUACCAACUCAACACGCAGUCAGCUCUGACGUGGUCCCAGGCUGAUGCCAGCUGCAAACAGCAGAGUUCUUCUCUGCUGAGCAUCACUGAUCCUCACGAGAAGGCUUACAUCACAGCACUACUCAGCGCGGGAGGUGGGGGAGAGGGGUACAAGCUAUGGACUGGACUGACCCUGGAUCUAGAACACGGCUGGCAGUGGUCUAACGGGAGGCCUUACCGUUACCUGAAUUGGGACUCAGGACAUCCACUUUCAGAUCCAGGACAAACCUGUGGAAUCAUUGAUGGUGCUGUGCAGUAUUCCUGGCAAAGUUCAAAAUGCAAUAAGAAGCUGGGCUACAUUUGUUACAGUAAAUCAGUUUCAGCUCCACCAACUGAAGCUGCUGAGACGGGAUUUUGUUCAGCACACUGGAUUCCCUACAAUGGCCACUGUUUCCGCCUUGAUCGUACUGAGAAAACGUGGUCUGAUGCUCAGAAACAGUGCCGUAAGGAAGGAGGGGACCUUGUGAGCAUCCGCAAUGUGGAGGACCAAAGCUUUGUCAUCUCUCAGCUUGGAUAUGCAUCCACUGAUGAGCUUUGGAUCGGACUGAAUGACAGGAAGACAGAGGGGUUGUUUGACUGGAGUGACCACUCUACUGUUAGCUUUACUAGCUGGGAAUAUGGGAAACCAGCUGUUGCCACUGACCAACGUGACUGUGUUCUCAUCAGGGGAGAGAGUGGGAACUGGGCUGACCGUGCAUGUACGGAGAAACAUGGCUUCAUUUGUAUGAAGACGAGUGCUUCUGAACCCUCUGGAGAUGAAGUGGACCAGAAUAUAGGCUGCAAAACUGGUUGGAAAAGACACGGCUCGUACUGCUACUUUGUAGGAACCCAGACAAAGACGUUCAAUGAAGCAAAAGACAACUGCAAGAGCUCAGAUUCCUACUUGGCAGAUGUUUCAACUGGGGUGGAUAAUGCCUUCCUGGUGAGCUUGGUGGGGCUGAGACCUGAGAAACACUUCUGGCUGGGGCUCUCCAACCAGAAGAACAUUGAUUUUUUUGAGUGGACCAACGCAAACUCAGUCAAAUAUACUCACUGGAAUGCUGAAAUGCCAGGCCACCAACAGGGUUGUGUAGCUAUGGCAACUGGGAGUUUUGCAGGCCUCUGGGAUGUGUUGCCAUGUACUAAUAAGGAGAAGUACAUCUGCAAACACCUGGCAGAGGGAGCAGUUUUAACCCCUAUCCCACCAACUGUUCAAUCUCCUAAGUGUGCAGAUGGCUGGAAUUCUUUGUUAUCAAGAAGCUUCUGCUAUCAGAUGUAUUCAGAGAUGAAGACCUGGUAUGAGGCCAGAGAUUACUGCAGAGCCAUUGGAGGCGACCUGCUCAGCAUCCACAGUGAUGCUGAGCUAAAUUUAAAUCAUGAACUUAAAUCUGCCCAUUAUAGCCAUCUAACAGUCUGGAUUGGACUUAGUGCCCCUAACCCAGUCACAGGUUAUGUAUGGAGCGAUGGAUCCCCACUAAACUUCCAGCACUGGGAAGAUGGAGAACCCAACAAUAAAAAUGACGUAGAAUCUUGUGCUGAGUUUAAAGCAUAUGACUGGAGGGCAGCUGCUGGGUCAUGGAACGAUGUGCAUUGUGAAAAGUACAACAGCUAUGCUUGCCAGAUCCAGAGAGGAGUCACCCCAAAACCUCCUCCAGACCCCAUCCCACCUGAGUAUAACACAACCUCUGAUGGAUGGCUAAUAUGGAAAGGGAAUCAGUAUUACUUUAACUCAGAAACAAUGGCCAUGGAAGGAGCACGUCGCUUCUGCCAGCAGAGACACGGUGACCUGGUAACUAUCAACAGCGAAGCAGAAAGACUCUUUCUAUGGAAACAGAUAUCCAGAAAGCACAGGUCUUCCUGGAUUGGCCUGACUGUAGAUCUUGACAGAUCAUUUCAGUGGAUGGAUGGUUCUCAAGUGGUUUUUCAAAGGUGGGAAGAAGGUCAGCCUGAUUUCAAGAACUAUGAUGAGAACUGUGCUGUCAUGACAUUUUAUUCUGGUUUCUGGCACGAUUACAACUGUGGGUAUGAACAUGGGUCCAUUUGUAAGCGCAGUGACUCAUUACCGGCUAACACCACUGUGGCACCCACAGUGCCUCCUAAAGGUGGCUGUCCAGUCCCCUGGAAGAAAUUUCACUCUAAGUGUUACAACAUAAUCAACAACCAGAAUUUAACAUGGGGAGGAGCGAGAGAAAAAUGCCAACAAAUGGGUGGAAAUUUGGCCUCUAUUUCUUCAAGACACGUGCAAGUGUUUUUGAUGUCCCAAAUGGCCAAUGCACCUACUACAGACCUUUGGAUUGGUUUUCAUAAUUUACAUAACGGUCGGUUUUUAUGGACUGAUGGCCGACCAAAUUCAUAUGUCAACUUGGGUUUGGAGAUUUUCAGGAGGAGGUAUGAGCCGUUUCUCUAUCAACGAGACGUUUUCAGGAGGAGGUAUGCACGGUUCCGCUAUCAACGAGACAAAAAUUGUGCUGUGAUCAAUACCGAUCCUUCACUUGGUAUCGGUAAAUGGAAACCAAAGUCCUGCAACGACACAAAUGGAUUUGUCUGUCUUCGAAAUGUCGUCCAAUCUCUCCCGGACUCCCCUGAACCAACAAUCCCUACCAGCUAUAUCAAAAUACUUAAUGACUCUGUCAAGGUUGUUCCUCAACAAAUGGACUGGGAUGCAGCAAAAAAGAACUGUGACGGUGAUGGUGCCAACCUUGCUAGCCUGCGAAAUGAGUGGAUGCAGGUUUAUGUCGAAUUGUUGGCUUUCAGUCUCAAGGCCCCUCUGUGGAUUGGACUCAACAAAAUGCAGACCAAUGGUUAUUUCAGAUUUGUUGAUGGCUGGCACAUAUCACAUCCUUACUGGGGUGAAAAUGAACCAAGCACAAACAGAGCUUGUGUCUACGUGGAUGUGGAUGGAAAAUGGAAGACUGCUGACUGCAAUCAGACCAUGAACAGUGUUUGCAUGAAGUCUACAGAUGUGCCACCACCAGAACCAACAGGUUUUCCAGGAGUUUGUCCUCAAGACCCAGAUUUAACAAACACACGAGAAAGAUAUUUUUGGAAACCAUAUAGGGGAUACUGUUACAUAUUUUUCCUAGAGACAGCGAGGUGGACAAAUGCAGCUUCUAGCUGUGUCAGACAUGGUGGAACGCUUGCCAGCAUUGAAGAUUCCUCUGAGCAAGAGUUUAUACAAAACAAUGUGAAGGCAUUUGAGGACAGCCACUCAUCUUUCUGGAUGGGCCUGUUUAAAACUCACAAAGCGGAGUGGCUGUGGUUGGACAGGACCGUCAUGGAUUACACUAAGUGGGGAGAGGGCCAACCCAGUUAUUCCACCUUUGGAGAGAUUAGCACAUCAGAUGGGACAUGGAAGGCAGGCAAUGACUAUUAUUACAGACCAUACAUCUGCAAAACAGCCAAAGUAUUACCACCAAAGCCAUCACCAUCACCUAAAGCUGUAUCCAAAGAUCCUCCUCGUGACCACAAAAUUUUGGCAGUUGUGGUGGUCAUUGCUGGGCUUGCAGUCGGGGUGGUCAUUGCCUUCUUCGUCUUUAAGAAGCGUGGUCAUCCAUUACCCUUCCCUGACAGUUUAACCACCUUUGACAACCCACUUUUCUUCAACAAUAAGCAGCCCCAGCCUGAUCUGGUCGACACUAAUAAACUGAUCGAGAAUGCAGAGGAAGAGCACUCUGAACUUGUGGUAACUACGUAAUUCAUUAAAAAAAAAAAAAAAACAAACUCAGAAUCUAAUCGUAGAUAUUCUAUAGUAAGGGCCCACAGUUCAUGGUCCAUUUGUUUGAUCGAUGGUUUUACAGUAUGUUCUGACAGUUUGAAAAGAGCUGGCAUUAAUUUGUUAAAAUAGCCAAUUUCCCACUAUUGAGAACUCAGCCACAUGGUUUUAUUACGACUAAGAAGAAACUGAUUUUUUCUUCAUUGAUUGACUGUACUGUGAAGACCUGUUGUUCUCCUUCACUGUAACUUCUUGUACUGUGUAUGUUUACAGUUGAUACAGAACAGCUACUGUAUGAAGCAAGGGUAAAAUGGUAUAGAAAAGUCAUAGUUUGGUAUGUAGCUCGGUUUCGUGGUGAUGGUUUGCAAUAUUUUCAGUACAGCUUAAAAAAAGAAAUGCAUAAAAUAACAUUUUGUUGUGAAAAUAUAAGCCUUCGAAACUGGUACUAAUUCAUACUGUAACUGUGCAUGUUCAUGCUGUUAAUAGGA